AUGCUACUAUUGGAACAAACCAAACAGGAGCAGAACUCUGAAGGAAAGUUUUUGCAUCUUAUGAAUUGGCUAGACAAUCACGACCUCAUGAAUUACCGGAAAGAAUUAACUCCUAAUUCUAUAAGGAGUCAUUGGUCUCGGAUGGCUAAAGAUGUGCUGAAGUGGGUUGGGUACCUCGAGGAAGUGGCAAGGGUUAAAAAGAGUGGCCACGUUGAUGAUGAUAUUAGGCGCGAAGCACAUAUUAUGUGGAGACGUCAUGAAAAUUGCAAUUUCAUCUACGAGAAAGCAUUUGAGAGCCUGUACCUUUACCCAAAAUGGAAAACAAGGAUUCGGAGGUACCUCCCAAAGAGUCUAAGAGACGAGGAAACCACCAUUACCCAAGAAUCUGACCCGGAUAGUAGCGGAAGCGGCAAAAGGGUAAGGCUUGAUGAGGAUGAUGAAGUUGUUGUAGACGAUGAUUCUACUGGUGGUAGGGCCUUUAUGUCUGGGGGUACUGUUCGACCUGGUGGGGUGAAACAAGCUAAAACAAAGAAGUUCAAAGGGAAAGCCACCUCAUCAUGCUCUGAGGAAGUUGCUAUAAGUUUGGGUGAGAAUCUCAAAUUACAUGCUGAAGUGAGAGGGGUAGAUAUUAACAUAUAA